AUCUGCAAAGAGAACUGCAGUAAAACGAUAAUAGGUGAUGGAUUAAUCUCUCGGACGUUUCUUAGAUAUCUGUUGUCAAGCCAUCCAGAUGUGCUGACACACGGACGCUCUCUCGCUGUAGUCCACCCCUCCCAUUCGAUUCAAAUCUUAUCCGAUGCUAUGCGUAGACGCGCGUAUGUGCGCGACAGGAGCAGAUUUGACAGUAUCUAACCAAGCCCACCGAGAGCAACAAGAACACACACACACGAGGGUCAACGGGAACCGACAACGCACCACAGAGAGCUGACUUGGCACAAAGGAGGAGACGAGCGUUGUGAAAAUUGGGUCCCCUGCACAGUCAUGGCCUCGAAGCUCAAUCCAAAUGUCCUUUAUGUUCGGGAGUCCCUGACCUCUCCUGACCCUCAAGCCGAGGCGGGUGACGAAUCGUCGGACAGUGACGGGGAGCCCGAGGAGACCUCGCACAAACUCAUCCGAAAAGUGUCCACUUCUGGUCAGAUUCGAGCCAAGAAGAGUGUGAAGGAGGGUCUUCUACUCAAACAGACCAGCUCUUUUCAGAGAUGGAAGAGGAGGUAUUUCAAACUGCGAGGCAGGACUCUCUACUAUGCCAAAGAUUCAAAGUCUCUCAUAUUUGAUGAGGUCGACCUCUCAGAUGCCAGCGUGGCUGAAACCAGCACUAAGAACAUAAACAACAGUUUCACAGUUAUCACUCCAUUCCGUAAGCUGAUGUUGUGUGCGGAGAGCAGGAAGGAGAUGGAAGACUGGAUCAGUGCUUUGAAGUCUGUACAGAAAUGGGAGACUUAUGAGGCCAGCCAGUUUAACAUGGAACACUUCUCUGGGAUGCAUAACUGGUACGCCUGCUCUCACGCUCGUCCCACCUUCUGCAAUGUGUGUCGAGAGGCUCUGCCAGGGGUCACCUCUCAUGGUCUUUCCUGUGAAGUGUGCAAGUUCAAAGCCCACAAGCGCUGUGCCGUACGAUCCACAAAUAAUUGUAAGUGGACCACUCUGGCGUCUAUAGGAAAUGACAUCAUAGAAGACGAGGAGGGAGUUUCAAUGCCUCACCAGUGGUUGGAGGGGAACCUGCCGGUCAGCGCAAAGUGUGUAGUGUGCGAUCGAAACUGCGGUAGCGUCCGCCGACUACAGGACUGGCGGUGCCUCUGGUGCAAAGCCAUUGUGCACAACAGCUGUAAGGAGCAGUUGGGAAAGGUUUGUCCUCUGGGUCAGUGUAAGGUCUCCAUCAUUCCGCCCACUGCACUUAACAGCAUCGACUCUGACGGCUUCUGGAAGGCCACCAGUCCAUCCUGCUCAAGUCCUCUGCUGGUGCUGGUGAACAGUAAGAGUGGUGACAACCAGGGUGUGAAGUUCCUGCGCAGAUUUAGGCAGCUACUAAACCCAGCUCAGGUCUUUGACCUCAUGAAUGGUGGCCCACAGCUGGGGCUUCGUCUCUUCCAGAAGUUUGAGACUUUUCGCAUCCUGGUGUGUGGUGGAGAUGGGAGCGUUGGCUGGGUGCUUUCUGAACUGGACAAACUCAGUCUGCACAAACAGUGCCAGUUGGGCGUGUUGCCGCUGGGCACAGGAAAUGACCUGGCGCGUGUGCUGGGCUGGGGAGGACUGUGUGAUGAUGAUGCUCAGCUGCUGCAGAUACUGGAGAAACUGGAAAGAGCUACAACCAAGAUGCUGGACAGAUGGAGUGUGAUGACCUAUGAAGUGCCCACCAAACAGACUCCAGCUAUUGUAAAGGAGGAGGACCCAUCAGACUCUCCCCUACAGAUUACACAAUAUGCUGAUUCUGUUGCCACUCAUUUGACCAAAAUCCUGGACUCUGACAAACACAGUGAUGUUAUAUCAUCUGCUAAGUUUCUGUGUGGAACAGUUAAUGAUUUUGUGGCUGAGGUCGGCAAAGCUUAUGAAAGGGCGACGGAGAAUAAAGAGGAGGCUGAUGCUAUGGCAAAAAAGUGUGCCAUGUUGAACGACAAGCUGGACUCUCUGGUUAAGGCUCUCAGUGAAGACGCCAAUGCCCAGCUGGUACCACCCGGGUCUAUUUCGCCAGAUGAGAGCGACACUGACCAGUCCAGACCCUUCAGAUCAAGAGAGCAGCUGAUGCUGAGGGCCAACAGCCUGAAGAAAGCACUCCGACAAAUCAUAGAUCAGGCAGAAAAAGUGGUGGAUGAGCAAAACAGACACACCCAGGUGCAGAGAAUGUCAUCCUCCUCAUCAAUCAAAAGAGGCAGCAGUGAGGACCUAAAGGAGGCGGAGCCACGUCAAAACAUAAUGAGUCCAACUACUACAGCCCCUAUUUUGCUGGAGAAGUCAGAGAGCUUCAGCACUGUGCUAUUCUCUGAAGACUCUGUGCAGUGCACAGAAAAGUGUGUGAUGAAUAACUAUUUUGGCAUUGGGCUGGAUGCCAAAAUAUCUCUGGAGUUCAAUAACAAGAGAGACGAGCACCCGAAAAAGUGCAGUAGUCGCACUAAAAACAUGAUGUGGUAUGGAGUGCUAGGGACCAAAGAACUGGUGCAGAAAACCUACAAGAACCUGGAACAAAGAGUCCAGCUGGAGUGUGAUGGAGUGCCCAUGUCCUUGCCGAGUCUUCAGGGUCUUGCUGUUUUGAACAUCCCCAGCUAUGCAGGAGGCAUUAAUUUCUGGGGUGGCACCAAAGAGGACAAUAAUUUUGGGGCUCCAUCUUUUGAUGAUAAGAAGUUGGAGGUGGUAGCUGUGUUCGGCAGCAUGCAGAUGGCCGUGUCUCGAGUCAUCAACCUGCAGCAUCACCGCAUCGCACAGUGUCGGCAGGUGAAGAUCACUAUCCUGGGUGAUGAAGGCGUGCCUGUGCAGGUGGAUGGUGAGGCCUGGAUUCAGCCUCCUGGCAUCGUCCAAAUUGUCCACAAGAACCGAGCCCAGAUGCUCACCAGAGACCGGGCAUUCGAGAGCACGCUGAAAUCGUGGGAAGACAAGCGGAAAGGUGACAGCCGCCCAGCUCGUCCCCGACUGAAUUCUCAACAGUCCAUGGAGUAUCUGACAGAAGAGGAAUGUGCGCAGGUCCAGCAGCUCGGUUUAGUGGCUGACACACUUAUCAACAGGAUCCGGGAGGUGGCUAAGACUCAUAAGGUGGUGGAGCAGGAGUUAGCUCAUUCUGUCAAUGCAAGUGCUGCCGUCCUGAGUGAAGCCUUCCCUUCCAAACCCUCCAGCCCUGAGGGUUUGAGUCGCAGUACAGCUGUAGACAUUGUCAACAGCAGUAAAGUUCUCCAGCAAGAGACCAAGAUGCUGCUGGAGGGAAAACUGCUGCAGUUGGAGCCUUCUCAGAAAGAGGAGCUUCUUUCCACAGUGGACAGCCUCAGCGCUGAGUUACACAAACUGGAGGACAUUCACUGGAUCUGUCCCAGCAUGCACUGCUCUGAGGAGGACCCGUCCCGUGUGCCUGGGAAAAGCAGCAUGAAGCUGAAAAUCAUGCCUAAGGGGAAGAAGGAGAGAGAGAGGUUACAUAAGCAGCGGUCCAGCGGCUCUCUGUCAGGAUCUUGGGAUAUCAAAGGUGGGAUGUGUGACGUGGAUCCUACGGGCAACUGAAGUGCUAAAGUGGUUUGUUGCACCUCCAUCACGAGGACACACUCUGCCACGGGACGCUGCUUUACACCCAGUACGGGAAGACGCAAGACCCCCUGUGCAGACACAUGCCCCACCCCAGUGUUUGUGAGCGGCCCGGCACUGCAUUACUGAGCUUCUCUUCCGUUUGUUCUCCGCGUCACAGGAAAUGCUCAUCAUCAGAGAGCAGGAAGUGAAUCAUCCUUCAUCUCUGUUUUCAGCAACGCAACUCUCGUGCACAGCCUAAUUUGUUGUUUUUUAAUCUCAUUUUAUGAUCUUGCAACUUUUUUCUCUUUUUCUUAGUAUUCAAGCCGUCAGACACAAACUAUAAACUUUCUUCGCUCUCCAAAGGAAAGACAUUUCUUUGGCCCCGUCCUAUCGCCGCCUGAACAACAAGAACGGAACAAACUAAAUCAAACUAAA